GUCGACUGUCGGCAGCGACGGCCGCCAUGAGCGCCGCGGCGGCCUCGGAGCGGGGGGAAGGCCCUGUCUCGUCGACUACCUUGCAGCCCUCAGCUGAGGUGGAGGCGGAGGAGGGCGGCGGUCACGGGGAGCCCCAGAUGAGGGCGGAGAAGGAGGAGGCGGAAGAAGAGGAGCGCGAGGCUCGGCAGUUCGCCCUCUACCUGGCCCCUGAGGCGGGGCGAGAGGGGCGCCAGGAGGUGAAAGAAAUAGAGGAGUCUAUAGAAGAGAUGUUAAUUAGACUGGAUGAGUUCUGUGGCAUGACUGAUCUGAUUAGAAGCAAUACAUCCCAACUCUUGGAUGAGGCAAUUCCACUAAUUAAAGCCAAGGUGAUAGAAAUGAACAACAUCUAUACUAAAGUGGAUAAGCUAGAGGCAUUUGUGAAAAUGGUAGGACACCAUGUCUCUUUCCUAGAAGAACAAGUCCUGGAGGCAGAGAAGGCUCACGCCAUCUUUCCCUACGCUGUGCAGAAGCUGUUUGGCUCAGUAGCUAUGCCUUCAUUUAAAAAAGAUCUGGUUUCACUGAAAGGAAAUAAUCAGAAAAUGGAAGACAACAGUUACUUGCUCAGCAGGAAGAGGGAAUCUGUGGCUCUCCCGAUGUUGUUGAACUGAUGUUGUUGAACUGAACCGAUGUUGUUGAACUGUAACAUCCAUCACCCUGACCUUGCUGGCUGAGGCUGAUAGGCAUUGGAAUCCAGCAACAUCUUGAGUUCCCACUCCAACUUACUGAGUAGUUGGGCAGCCAGGACUCUCAAAUUAUCAUCGUCUUGUAUUCUAGAUGCCCCUUUGAAGGAGGGCAAGACUAUCUCUCUUGUAAAAGUAGUAGUGACUUGGCCUUCCUUUAAAAAAGCAAACCAGUUCCUUAAGAAAUACGAUCUAGCCAGUUAUAGGCCUGUGUCCUGUCUUUAAAGAAUUUGUUUGAGCAGUUGGUAGUAGAGCGACUUCGGAUGUGUUUGGAAAUAAUUGAGGAAAGAUGCACUAUUUAGUCUGGUAUCAGACCUCAUUUUGGGGCAGAGAAUACAUAGGUUGCCCUGGUGAAUUAUCUGCUCCUGGAUAUAGGAUAUAGGAGGAAUACUUUUCUGCUGAUCUUACUGGACCUCUCAGCAGCUUUUCUACAGAGGACCAUGCUAUUCUAAAGGGCGAGUUGUCCUUUCUGGUCUGGGUGUUGGGGGUUGGUUUCUGGUACCGGUAGUUUUAUUCUCCAAUUAAACUGGAUAUUUGGAGACACAGGUUCAACCCAAUGAACUUGGUGCAUGGUGUUCCACAAGGUUUAGUUCUUUAACCAGUGCUUUUAAAUGUGUAAGUUAAACUCCAUUGAGAGUAGAGCUUAAAUAAGCCAGAAAUUGAUGGAGUAGUUGUUACCCAUUGGUGCAAGUCUGCAGCUUUGGGAUCAUCUGGUGGCGCUGUGGUUAAACCACUGAGCCUAGGGCUUGCUGAUCAGAAGGUCGGCAGUUCGAAUCCCUGUGACGGGGUGAGCUCCCGUUGCUUGGUCCCAGCUCCUGCCAACCUAGCAGUUCGAAAGCACGUCAAAGUGCAAGUAGAUAAAUAGGAACCGCUACAGCGGGAAGGUAAACGGCGUUUCCAUGUGCUGCUCUGGUUUGCCAGAAGCGGCUUUGUCAUGCUGGCCACAUGACCUGGAAGCUGUACACCGGCUCCCUCGGCCAAUAAUGCGAGAUGAGCGCGCAACCCCAGAGUCGGUCACGACUGGACCUAAUGGUCAGGGGUCCCUUUACCUUUACCUAGAUCAGAAAAUAGAAUGUAGACUUUUUUUUCGUACCGGUAUGUAUUAGAACAGACGUGUGCUCGGUGCUUUACAUCGUUUCAUUUCUUCUUGAAGCCUUUUUGUAGUUUUCUGGAGUGAGGCUUUUUGCCUUUGUGUUGUUUGCUUCCAUGUGUUGUGGAAUAGCAGCUAGUUGCAGCUGUCUAUGUGUGCUGUAUUCUGGCCUUAAAGAGCCUUGAGACAAUAUGCACAACUGCAAUACUUUUCUAGCAUUCUUUCUCUGUUUAUGAAGAGCAGCACAUCAGCAUUGUAUACUGUUGUCUCUGCUCCCCACCCCCCUUUUAGCAUUCUCCAGGAACUCUGGACCGGAAGUUGCCCUGCCUUCACUAAACAUUGGAGAGAGAAUCCAGUUGUAUUGGCUGAAGGGGGUGGUGCAGAGAAGUGUGCAUGUCUUGCUCCAGCAUUCACAUUUUUUAAAUGCUCAAAAACUUCAAUACAGAUUCAGCCAUCUGAUAUGCUGUUUAGCCAUCUGAUGUGCAAUGCAUGGACAAUGCUUUGUCUUUUUGGCAAAUGCAUUAUCCUGCAUAACUAAACACUUUAAAAAAAACCCACAGAUAGUUAUCUUGCUUUUGAGAUCACAACAUCAUUUUUACUCGGGAGAACUAGAGAGAACUGAUUAAAACUACAGCUUCUAGACAGUUCUGAAACCAAGAUGCUAUGAGACCACUGGCUGCCCAUCUCCAGAUGAUAAAAAUGCAUGUUUUCAGCUGCCAAAGACUGAACCAUAAUGAAAUCACUAGAAAGGAAUGUUACGAUCAGAUUUCAAAGAUCCUAUUUUGGUGCAAUUCAGCCGAGCUGCCUCUAGGGAUGGGGGAGAAACUGGAUUCAGUUUGCAUUUAAGAUUAAUUUACCUAAUUUGCAUUUACCAAAACACAGCAAUUCUUUGAAAUUUGCACUUCUCCUAAUUUUGCAGCUUCUCCGAAACUUCUCUUACCAAGUAAUGAGUACAAAAAUGCAUCUACGAAUUUCCAUAUUACUGAAAAUAACACAAAAAAUGCAUUAUUUUAGGGGAAAUUGCUUUGCACAAAUGCAUAUAUUAGGCAAAAUUGCAAGCAAAUGUAUAUAUCAGGAGAAAUUUGCACUAACAUGUUGAUGAAUUUUUAUGAGAACUAUUAUUAAAAAUGCAGGGUGAUGCGGAAAUAUGGAGAAUUGAAUUUAAGAUUGAAAAAUUGAGAAACCGAAAAUGGUAGAUUCACCCAUCCCUAGCUGCCACUAUGCUAUAAACCACCAUAAUAUAUUGCUACUUUUCUUUUCCAUUGGCCUAUUUGAUCUAUUGUGGAGAGCAAAAAAAACUCAACCCAGUCUUGGAUUGGAUCACAUUUUUCUUUGGAAUAACUCAUCAGUGUCAAAUGUGAGAACUUCUCCAUGUCAGUUUUGUGCUACAUUGGUACAACAUUGGCCUGUCCUUCUUCCCCAGUGUAGGGUAAUUUAGAUCUUCAGAUCCCUGAAAGGAAGGAAAAGAAAUGAGGUGGACUUUGUGACCUAAUGUUCCAAUCCUCAUAAUUUUUCUGUGGAUGGAUACUGUUAUGUGGGGAUGCACUGUACAUCAAGACAGUCCAGUUUCUUUGGUGCUGAAUCUCUGCAAUAUGGUAUCAAACAAUGCAUUUGCUUUCUUUAUUUUGGACUCACAGCUGUCCAUGGAGGUGCAGGUCAAUUCUGUGUCCGGGACAGCUGCCUACCAGCUCCAUCUGGUACGCAGGCUGAGACCCUACCUGCCCAUGGACAGUCUUGCCAGAGUGGUGCAUGCGCUGGUUAUCUCUCGCUUGGACUACUGCAAUGAGCUCUAUGUGGGGCUAUCUUUGAAAGUGGCUCAGAAACUACAACUAAUCCAGAAUGUGGCAGCUAGACUGGUGACUGGGAGUGGCCGCUGAGACCACAUAACACUGGCCGUGAAAGACUUACUGUAAAUUGGCUCCCAGUACGUUUCCAGGUACAAUUCAAAAUGUUGGUGCUGGCCUUUAAAGCCCUAAAUGGCCUUGGCCCAGUAUACCUGAAGGAGCAUCUCUAACCCCAUCGUUCUGCCCGGACACUGAGGUCCAAUGCUGAGGGCCUUCUUGUGGUUCCCUCACUGCAAGAAGCGAAGUUACAGGGAACCAGGCAGAGGGCCUUCUCAGUACAGUGGUACCUCAGGUUACAAACACUUCGGGUUACAGACUCCGCUAACCUGGAAGUAGUACCUCAGGUUAAGAACUUUGCCCCAAGAUGAGAACAGAAAUCGCGCGCUGGCGGUGCAGCGACAGUGGGAGGCCCCAUUAGCUAAAGUGGUACCUCAGGUUAAGAACAGUUUCAGGUUAAGAACGGACCUCCGGAACAAAUUAAGUUCUUAACCAGAGGUACCACCGUAGUGGCAUCUGCCCUGUAGAAUGCCCUCCUAGCAGACGUCAAAGAAAUAAACAACUGUCAGACUUUUAGAAGACAUUUGAAGGCAGCCCUGUUUAGGGAAGCUUUUAAGAUUGGAUGAAUCAUUGUAUUUUAAUAUUCUGCUGGAAGCCGCCCAGAGUGGCUGGGGAAACCCAGCCAGGUGGGCGGGGUAUAAAUUAUUAUUAUUAUUAUUAUUAUUAUUAUUAUUAUUAUUAUUAUAUUUUAUUUAUUUUAUUUUUACAGGAAUGUACAUUUGUUUCCUAAGUAAUCGGUUCAAAGUUAAUUUUUUUAAAAAAUAAAUGGUGUCAAGAGCAUUGCAGCUAUUGACAGUACUCCAUCAUAUGUAUUUGAUAUCAGGUCAGUAUAAUACAACAGUGUAUUUUAUGUGAAUAUUGUAACUUUAUUUCUAGCUCCGCAUUUGAUUAUCUUAGCAUUUAUUGUGCCUCCCAGCAGAUUUGUUAGAGCACAACGCUGCAUUCAUGUUUCAGCCUGGGGGAGUGCCUUAUGAAUUGCAUUGUCAGGCUUGUCCUGUGCUGCAUCGAUAUCUAUGAGCUACAACAGGGAAGCAUAACUCGUUCCAGAGGAAAGUGGUUGGGAGUCUCCUGCCCUUUCCUGUCUCCCUUUGUAACUGCUCCUUCUGCUGGGACUGCAGCAUGACAGUGUUUUUUUGCACCACUAUUGACUAAGUGUCUGCAUAUGUUCCAGCCAUGCACAGGCAUAUUUACAAAGGAAGGGAAUUACCAUACAUUCUUGAUCUGGGCCUGGUUGUCUCUGCAAGGGGUUGCCAUUGCUAAUUACAGGCGUUCCCCUUACGGGGGUUACAAUCUGUUCCUCUGCACACAUAAGUGAAAUCACAUAAAUUGGGGAGCACCCCACUUAAUAGGGAGGCCAUGCGGGAAGGGGGAUGGGGGGGAGAGAAAGAGACUCACCCUGGAAAUUGCUCAGGGCUACUGCACAGCCUGCCCGCCUGCCUGAGGGGAGCCAGUGUGUGCAGUGGCUGGCCAGGAUCGGUACAGAGGCAGGGAGAAGGUGCGCCACUGAUCAAUCCGACUGAUCAAUCCACCUUCCCUUGCUCAACCAGCAGUCCCGAGUAAGGGAAGGGCAAUUUAUUUAUUUAUUUCGCAGCGUCCCACAUAAACGUGGUUGUCCGAGUGGAAUGCACAUAAGGGACGGAGCUGUAGUUAAAUGUCUGGCAUUUGGUUGCAUGUUCCUUUCACGUGAAUGGAUUCGUUGCCGAUACAGGAGAAGCUAAUGUUCUACUACUGUACUUUUAACUAGAACAACAGUAGCAAGGAUUGUCAUGUUCUGGAACUGAUUGCCCUUGAUGAAAUAAAUCAGCACAGAGGAAACAAUGUUUACAUUAUCAUUAAAGAUAUUCCUUGCUACUUAGCUUGCCACCCUCCCUCAUCCCAUUUGUCUGCUAGUCAACAUUAAUAUGCUCUGAGGCUAGAUCUCUAAUUCUGUUUUCCUUUCUCAGUUUCAAAUUAUAUGCGGAUCUCAAGUCAGUCCCACCGCCACUAUUUUGGUUCGUUUUAAGGGCGGGGGGAGGUUUCUGUCAAUUCAAGAGGGAUUUCAAAUUAUGUUUGGGGAAAGGUGGACUCUCCCCUCCCCCCCAUCAUUUCUUCUGGAACUUGGGGCCAUCCACUGAAGCAAGAAAAGAAAAAUGUAGUUUUUUCAAACGGCACAUAAAUAAACCAUGGCAUUCACUGUGCAAGUUACAGUGGUGACCACUAAUUUUGAUGGCUUUGAAAGGGGAGGACACCUCAUAAUGCUUAUAUACUACCUACAGGUUCAGAGGCAGUAUGCUUAUAAGUUACUGGUUGCUAGGGUACAGCAGUAGUAGAGGCUGCUGUCCUGCAUUAUAGAUCAAGUUUCAUGACCCACCCAGCAGAACUAGCAAAAAUGCGAGAGUGAAUCAUAGGAGAGACCUGUGAAUCACACGAGUGCUCAAAGAGUUGUGUUAAUAACAAUAAAGAAUUACUGCUAGGAGUUUAUAGGCUGGUCUGGUAGGUUGUUGGAAUUGCAAUUUGUGGCUAAAUGAGCCAUAGCUUUGAGCCAUAAUGACACCCCUUAGGUGUCCAUUACUUUGCAUUUUCCAAUUUUGGCUGGAAACUUGCACCCAUAAUGAAAGCUAAUAUGUACGACCAGAACUCCAGAAACCUCCACCCCAGACACAUCUUAAAGUGAUACAUCUCCUGAAAAUCAUUUAAGUGAUUCAUUCGGAAAGGGCAGUAGCACAGCUUUUGAGUUUGUGGUGCAGUGUAGUAAAUACUAAAAUUCCUUCCCAGAGUGUAUUGGAGCACAUCUGCAUGGAUUGUACAGCUCUGCUUCUAGCUAGGAUUUCACUUUAGCCCUGCCUCUCACAGUCUGGUUUGGGGAGUUGAUUGCUGCCUUCCUGUCUCGCCCUCCCCCAACUCAACUUCAUGCAUGCCUCUGGUUAGACCCCUCCUAUGCCAUUUCCUGAGUGGUGUUGCCACUUUAGGUUAGGUCAGAUUAGUCAUGUUUUUUUGGACACCUACCACUUUUUACCGUGUUUCUCAUAUUAUAAGACACGUCUUAUAUUUAUUUUUUCCUCAAAAAAACACACUAUGGCUUAUUUUCAAGGGAUAUCUUAUUUUUUUCCUCCUCCUCCUGCCGCGGCUGGCAUUGCUGCUACGCCUAUCACUAUGUCUUAUUUUCGGGGUAUGGCUUAUAUUCCUUGAAUGCUUAAAAAUCCUGCUAUGGCUUAUUUUAUGGGUAUGUCUUAAAAUAUGAGAAACAGGGUAGAAAGGUAUUUUAGCAACACUUCUCCAAUGCAGUCGCCGCCGCCUUGCUGGAAAUAGAACUCUGAUGCUUUUUUUGAAAUGUUAGGCACUUCACUUCAUUUUUCAAAGUUUAGAACAAGUUUUGAAAGCAUGUAUAUCAUCUGAGCCUUUCUUUGUGUGUCUCCUCCACGAGACGUUCAGAGGGUGGCAACACGAGAAUGGGCCUUUUCUGCAGUGGCUCCCCAUUUGUGAGAUGCUUUCUGCAGAGAUGCUUGCCUGGUGCCUUCAUUACAUAUCUUUAGGUAUCAGGUGAAACUGUUUCUCUGCAACCAGGCCCUUGGCUGAUUAAUAUUCUUUGGCUUUUUAAAUGUGUUUGUGGGAGGGGGGGGUUAUUCCUUUUUUUGUUUUAUUAUGUAUUUCAUGUUGUGCGACUUGUUGGCAGUCUGGGUGGGGCUUGCUGCAACCCCCCCCCCCCACUUCUCCGAUGUAUCAGUUGUCCCUGUUUAGGAUUAUAAACAUCUGGAAUCCGUUACUAGUAAGGGUGACUGAAGUAAUGGAAAAACUACUAAAUCGGUUUCCUCUUCUCUGCUUCCC